CGUGGAAAGUGCCGAGGUGAAUUCAGCUUCCUGAGUUCCCUAAAGUGAAGAGUUUCGGCGCAGGAUUCCACGGUCUUCGGUCAGGAAGAGACUUUGAUCAGUGUUUGACCUGCAGAGAAGAGCCGCUGCGUCUGUGCGCACCUCUGAGUCAUGGCGUUAUUUCUGCUCGGAGGACGUUUCUUUAAAUGCAGAGCCCACAUUAACAGAGCCACGACAGCGAUGCAGCCAUACUGCUCUUCAGUGGCCUCAGGCAGGCAGCAUGUUAACGGAGUGGAUCUGUACUACGAGCAGACAGGCAGAGGGAAACAUGCGGUGCUGUUGCUUCCUGGAGCGCUGGGAAGUGCGAGGACAGAUUUUGGUCCUCAGCUUAAGUCUCUCAACAAAGAACACUUCACUGUAGUUGGCUGGGACCCCCGUGGUUAUGGACAAUCCCGUCCCCCAGACAGAGACUUUCCCCCUGACUUCUUUGAGCGAGAUGCAAAGGACGCAGUAGAUCUGAUGAAGGCGCUGGGCUUUGGCAGGUUCUCUCUGCUGGGGUGGAGUGAUGGAGGAAUCACUGCUCUGAUUGCAGCAGCAAGAAACCCCGACCUGAUCAACAAGAUGGUUGUAUGGGGAUCCAAUGCCUUUGUUUCCCAGCAGGAUCUCAAGCUUUACGAUGCGGUGCGCGACGUCUCCAAGUGGAGUGUGAGAAUGAGGCAGCCCAUGGAGGAGGUUUAUGGAGCCGAGGUCUUUGCUAAAACCUGGGAGGCCUGGGUGGAUGGGAUCGCACAGUUUGCAAAAAGAUCUGAAGGGAGUAUCUGCAUGGAGCUUCUUCCCCUCAUCACCUGUCCAACCCUCAUCAUUCACGGAGAGAAAGACCCCAUGGUGCCCAGCUUCCACCCACAGUACCUCCUCAAACACAUCAAAGGAUCACGAUUACAUCUGAUGCCAGAGGGGAAACACAAUCUCCACCUGAGGUACGCUGAUGAAUUCAACAAACUGGUGGGAAACUUUCUGGAAGAUUGACUGAGACAGUGAAGCAAACUGACUGACUGACUGUAAGGUCACUGCAAGUAUUUAAUAAAUCUCACUUAUUUAAUUUGUACCCUGUUCUCAUGAGGUUCACAACUGAUGAAUUAAUUGUGCAAUUCUGUGAGUUAAGUUCAUAUUUUUACUUUAAAUUUCAAUGUAAUUUUUUCUAUAAUUAAAUCUUUCAUGAAGAAAGUGGGUGACAUUUUCAUUAUUAUUAUUUGGAUAUUUGGUUAUUGGUUUGUUUCAUUUCUCAAGCAAACAGAGCCAAACAGGCUCUGGUUCCAGGUUAUUAGAGGUGAGAAUUUGCUGUUUUUCUUUGGCUUAGGUGACACUGAACUGAAUAUAUUUGGUUUCACCAGCAGUUUGAAACUGUCAUCUUUCAUUUCUGGGAUUUUAUGAUCAGUAUUUUCAUCCAUGUUCUCUUUCGAUCUGAUCUUGAUCUCGUCAUACAUGCUUUUAUGUUGUCUCAGUUAGAUGAGUUAUUGCUCCCCUACAAACCAGAGCUCAGCCUCAGGUCCUUUGGCAGGGCUCCCCUGGCUGUUCCUAAGACCCAGCUCACGACUAAAGGAGGCUGGACCUUUGCAGUCAGGAUCUCUGGACUCCCUGUGUGAAUAUCUUAUAAAUCACUUCUCAAAUGUUGUUAUUAUUGUUGUUGUUGUUGUUGUUUUUAAAAGGCCUUUCUUUAACUGAUAGCACACU